CGGGACAUCCUGGACACGCCUCAACCAUCUCAAGUUGAAAGACCGGUGCACAACCCUCGAUAUCGCAAGCACGAAAGGCUCCGCAUCACAUUAUUUGAUCUCCUACCACCCCCGAGGUUACGAUGGCAUUGGUGGUAGCUAGCCCCGGAGCAACACUGGUUUCUACGUUCUUCCACACAUCCGAAGAAAUAUCCCAGGGCCGGUUUCAGAAGCUCACAGCCAUCGCCAUGCGCUCUUUCAGAGAGUCUCACCCAAUCGUUCUUGCGAAGCGGCUGCUGCAACUGGCAAUUUGCGUGCAGCAACUCCCACCUGAAUGUAAUUGCCUAUCUCUUGAAAACCAAACGUCUCUGAAGGGCGCAGCUGCGGAGAAUGUCACCACGGUCAUGGAGCUGGUGACUUCGCGUGAUGACCUGGUUCAUUCCCUCGAUGGCGUGGAAUGUCUUGUGCUGCUUGCCUUAUUUCAGCUUAAUGCUGGAAGCCUGCGACGGACUUGGUUGACUGCUCGUCGCGCUGUCAAUGUUUUACAGCUUUUGGAUUUACGCAAUAGAAUCCAAACGCACGUCCCCACCCACGAUAAGACCGUCCCUCCUGGGAUGGGAGUCUCUCCCCGGUGGCUAUGGUAUCGUGUGGUAUUCUUCGACAGAUACCUUUCGUUAUUGCUUGGUCGACCCCCAGAUUUGCAGGAUAAUAGUUUUGCAGAUUCCACAUCUAGUAAUAGCCCGGAAACGAAGAUGGAACGGCUCGAAAAGACCCAGACAGUUCUCACCGGGCGCAUCCUCGAGCGCAACGCAAUGAUCAACAAAGAUGACCACGCUGCCUUCUCGUUAACCCACCUCAUCGACGGAAAACUCGAUACAACAGCCGAGGAAAUGGGCUUGGAGUGGUGGAAUCUGCCUUCAAUCAAGAAGCAGGACCUGACUUCCAGCUUUCAUGUCUUGCUCCAAAUUCAUCACCACACGUUGAAACUCUAUCUUCACCUACCUUACCUGCUUCGGCGUGAGUCUAGUUUUAGUAGUGGUCGACAAGGCGGACGCUACGACCACAGCCGGGCCUCGUGCGCCACAUCCGCCCGAUCGAUCCUGCGACUGUUCAGCCCAUACCGUACGCUCCAUCCCUCAGCCGCUGCUUGUCGUCACGUCGACCACAGUGCGUUAAUCGCUGCUAUGACGCUGUUACUGGGGUACGUGGCUAACCGGCCACCUCACCUCGAGGCAGGCCACCCCAACCCGGACGCGCAGCGGCGAGACGACCUUCAACUAGCACAGAGCGCUCGGGACAGGCUACACCUCGUGGCCGAGACGUGCAAGGACAAAAUCUCUCGGGACUUUUGCAGCUCUCAUCGCGCGGUUGGUCCCCCUCGUACUUUCCAGAGAUAGUGGUUUUAGUCGGAGGGGACUAGUUUUUGGCGGAGAUCCAGAAAGGCCAUGGAUCACCUUUUAUGUUCCGUACCUCGGAACUAUCUAUGUUCGACCGUGGGCUCUGAAUUCCAUCAAUGUUAGCAUAGACCGGGUCAUGACCACGCUGUCGGAAGCUAAACCUGGGACCAAUCCCCAGGAAUCAUCGUAUGACAUCAAUUGGCCAGCCAUGAGCAGCAGCG